AUGGAUCAUAAUUUGGACGAUUCCCUUAAUUUGGACAGUUCAAUGCAGGUGGAUUUUGAGCGUCCAGAGGAGACAGUAUGCCAACAAAGUGAAAUCAUUCUGGACCAGGAGGAUAUUCCAAUGGAAUUUGUGUAUGAAGAAAAGCAAAUGCUUAUGGAUACUGGUGGAGAAGAAAUUAUAAUUUCCGAUUUCAUUGGAAGUCAAUUUAAUUUACAAGAUUUACAGAGUGACCAUAAUGUGCUUGGCGGAUUAAAUCAGACAAGUUACAACCUAACAACUCAAUCAGAUACUAUGCUAGACCUUCAAUUAAAUCCACAAGCAAUAACAAUAGCACAAGAUCCACACCAACAAAAAAUUAUCACAUUGACGACAUCACCACGUAAGAAGGCAGAGUCUUCACUUCCAAAACCGGUUGCUAUUGCACCAAAGCCUCCAAAGUUACUUCCUACUGCUUAUGGGAAACCAUUGAAUAUAGCUCCUAAGCCUGCUGCUUUAGUCCAAAAUAAAACUAUUGGUAAACAAGCUAGUGGCUCAAACAGCAAGGGUAAUACAGUUUUAGCCCAAAUUGGAAAGCAAAUUUUAAUGUUGCCUGCAAAUGCACAAAAAAUUAAAUUAGUCACAUCUCAAGGAAGUACACCGCCUGUUCAGAAAAUACUAAGGACAGACUCUAAUCAGGUGCAAAUUAUUCCAGCAAAGAAUGUAAGCUCACAAGGAAAACCUAUGAAGAUUAUCACCAUCCCAGGCCAACAAAACUUAACACCUGAGGCAAAGGCAGUGAUCACCAAAAUGAUGCCAGCCAAUCAGGCGACACGAUUUGUCACUCUUAAGCCUAAACAAUCAGGGCCUAUUACAGUCGGAAAUAAGCAGGUCAUAAUGUUAUCGCCGAAUGAACAAGGCGUGAAUGUUGCAAAGAAGCCAGAGGUUAUUUCGCUCAAACCUGUCACUAAAUUAUUGCCAAAGGGGUCGACUAAAAAUAAACUACUAAUCAGUUCCUCGAAUGCAACCCAAAAUGUGGUUCUCAAAAAUACAACACCAACUAUACAGGUCAAGAAGGAACCUGUUGAAACAACUCGAACUCAAAUUCACCAAAUAAAUGUACCAGGAAAAGGGAUUCAAUACAUCAGACUUGUCACAAAUCCGGGGUCAACGUCGGCGAAAGUGAUUAAGGCUGCGUCGGCGCAGAAGAAUAUAACUGUUGCUACAAAAGCUGAUAGUAAAGAUGACGUGAAAGUACCGAAGUUAGUGAGGAUAGCGCCUAUGAAAGCAAUUGCACAACCCGUCCGUUCAUCGCAAAGUCUUUUAGCACCCAUAUCAUCAGUGGCCGAGACUAAAACAGUGCCGUUAGAGGAAAUAGUCAUUGAGCCUUGCGAGACGGAUCCUGAGGUGAAUUCCAAGGAAGCGCUCCGUGCUCUUAUUGAGAACUCGAUGGGCGACGACGCGGGCGUCAACCACGAAGUCACUAUGGACUUUAAGAAAAAUGCGGUUUCAGAAGACGAGAGCACUAUGGACAGUAUAGGGGCGGGUUCAGGCAUUGAGAUCCAAGAGGAGCAAAGCCAGGAGCAUCCGCUCAUAGUUAUACCGGCCAGUUUCGACCACUCUAUCGAGGUGCAAAGUGACUAUAAUAAAUCAAAUGAGUCGCAAAAUCUAAAAGAAGAAUGUGAUUCAACAAAUGCUAAUGAUGACAGUUCCUCUUUUACAGACCAAGGCAUAGAGGCAGCAAGUCUCGGUCUGCGCCCGCGCAAGGCGUGCAACUGUACGAAGUCGCAGUGUCUGAAACUGUACUGCGAUUGCUUCGCAAACGGCGAAUUCUGCAACCAAUGCAAUUGCAAUAACUGUUACAACAAUUUGCAAAACGAGGAACUUCGUCAGAAGGCGAUUAGGGGAUGUCUCGAUAGGAACCCGCAUGCUUUUAAGCCAAAAAUAGGUAAAUCAAAAAUAGGGGGUCCAGAAUUAGUCAGGAGGCAUAAUAAAGGAUGCAACUGUAAGAGAAGUGGUUGCUUGAAGAACUAUUGCGAAUGCUAUGAGGCUCGGAUAGCGUGUACGGCGAUGUGCAAGUGCGUCGGAUGCCGCAACGUGACUGAUUGCAUGGAGCAGGGAAGGCUCGAGCGUGUCCCCAGGGCGACCAACAGCUUGCAACGCACGCCCGGACCAGGACAUGCCAAACAACCAUGCACGUUCAUGACAACUGACGUGAUAGAAGCAGUUUGCCAGUGUCUCGUAGCAGCCGCUGAUUGCGGCGAGAGGGAUGCCUUACCUGUUCCUGACGUUGAGGUGGAUCCCGUUCGUGACGUCAUAGAGGAGUUCGCCCGCUGUCUACAGGACAUUAUAGCCGCUGCCCACUCUAGGCCGUUAGCGCCUGACGAGUGCCUAACGUGA